CGAACAUCGAAGGAGCGUGAUGGGUAGCUAGUCGAGAGAAGAGAGUGAAGAAAAUAUCGGCCUUAGUCCGCUAUUUAGCGUUUGUUUUAAACACCACCACUACUUUUCACCAUUUUAUGAGAAAAUAUUUCUUCAGCGCUAAAGUGCGACCGACGACGACGACUUGUGAGAGUUUGGCGAUCGUUUGGUUAAUUCUUGUUAUCCAGAUGAGUCGCUAGUGUUAAAAGUUUAAUGGAAAAAUCAAAUUGGGCAAAUUUUUGGUCGUGGAAAAAGCAAUAAAAGGAAGAAGAAAGGGGUUCCUUAUUACUCAAGCUGGCAAAUUGUGAAGAAGUAGCCCUAACGCGAAGGAAAAGUUGGUUAUUGUGUAGUUGUGUUGGUGUUCUCUAUCAUCUCGGUUAGUGGCUGUGUACGUGACGUCGACUGAGAGAUCGGUUGUUAUUCAGCUUAAAAGAAGAUUUCUACUGUUCGAAUUGGAUGCAGUCAUCUUGAAUCCCGGUGAUCACGGUCUGCUCUUUUCCAAAUAAAAAGAAAAUAAGCAGAAAGCUAACGUUGUUUUUGUUUUCGAAAAUAACAAAAUUGCGGCGGUGAUUUUCAUUCGUAAGCGAAUUUAUGCUAAAUUCGCUUAGUUUCUCCUGAGAAUAUCAAAUAAAGUGCAUUGGCAAAAGGGCUUUUUUCCUGCUCCACAUUUGAAUUGUGGGUAGCUCAAAAGGAAACGUGUGAUCAACCAGUAAACGCUAGGAAAAGAAAGGGAAUUCAAGUACAAAAGCAACAAAAAAACGACAGCAAUGGUGGAACGUAUUGUGGAGGAAACAUCUGACGCAAAUAUAGAUUUGCGAAACACGGAGGUGGCGCGCUAUAGCAGCGAAGAAAUAUCGGGAAAUGAGUCGAGCGAGGUGCGACUGAUGACCGAAGCCGAACGGCAGGCCGAUUUCAAUCGCCAUAAGGAGGAAAUGAAACGCAAACGACGCAGGAAGAAGAGAACUAGUUCGUCUUUGCAGUCAUCAUGCUUCCAAGAAUUGUACAAGCUAACCGGUGAAGUGUUAGGUGAGGGUGCAUACGCCUCGGUGCAAACGUGCAUAAACAUCUACACGGAGCUAGAAUAUGCGGUGAAGAUUAUAGACAAGAUUCCCGGUCAUGCCCGCGCUCGUGUAUUUCGUGAAGUCGAGACCUUCCAUCAUUGCCAGGGUCACCCCAACAUCUUGCAACUAUUGGAAUUUUUCGAAGACGAGGAAAAAUUUUACCUAGUAUUUGAGAAAAUAAAUGGCGGACCGUUGCUGACUCGCAUCCAGGAGAACAUCUGCUUCUCAGAGUACGACGCUGCGCAGAUCAUCAAGGAAAUCGCAUCAGGGUUGGAUUUUCUGCACAAGAAGGGCAUUGCUCACAGGGACCUGAAGCCGGAGAACAUACUGUGCGUUUAUCCUGAUAAGCUCUGUCCAAUCAAAAUUUGUGAUUUCGAUCUCGGCUCCGGUAUCAAAUUCACUACAAACAUUUCAUCACCAACGGCUACACCGCAGCUGUUGACACCGGUCGGAAGUGCAGAAUUCAUGGCACCGGAGGUGGUAGAUCUGUUUGUAGGCGAAUCGAACUAUUACGACAAACGCUGUGAUCUGUGGUCGCUCGGAGUGAUCGCCUAUAUCCUGCUGUGUGGCUAUCCUCCAUUCUCCGGAAAUUGCGAACAGGAUUGUGGCUGGAAUCGGGGCGAAAAUUGUCGUACCUGUCAAGAGCUGUUGUUUGAAUCGAUCCAAGAGGGACGAUUCAGUUUCCCAGAGAAUGAUUGGGUCGACGUGAGUGAAGAGGCUAAAGACUUAAUUCGUGGACUGCUGGUUAAGGAAGCACCCAAACGCCUAAGUGCGGCGGCGGUGCUAAAUCAUCCAUGGAUUAAAAUCACCGACGAGGGUGAUUGUAUUGAUGGUGUUAAUUCCGAUGCGAUUAAGGAUAAGCAACGCAGACGAGUGUUGAAGACGCCGGGAAUAAUUCGCCGCAAUCAAUCGGCACGAGAACUCUCGCACUUUGCCGAAUCCGCAAUGGCUGUAAAGCGCGUAAUUUUACAGCAUUUUUCAAUGCGCUAUGAUUACAUGACCAAGGAAAGGCCCAACAUCUACCAACCUUCUGUGCAGCAGGAUGAAGAUGUGGUAGCUUCAUCGAAAAAUGCAAACUAUGAGAUAGCAUCUCCUAUGGCAGGUUCCGAGGAGCAUAACUCUGUCAAGUCAGAGCCGGAGAAGAAAUCGGUGGAAGUGGUUCGAACUGAACCACAAGUCUGUCCACCAUUUUCUGCCAGGCCUAGCAUCAUCAAAAUGCAGACAAAAGAACGGUUUGAUGCGGAUCUUGGACGUGGUUUCGUUACACCUUCUCCCUCCACGUCACCGUCUUCGGUGUCGUCAUCAUCGACAGAUGACCAGAGCUGUGAUGCAGAUGCUGUGUAUAUAAGCAUCAAAAAGUCAUCAUCGGCGUGUACGUUAACACCGCACGCGUCGUCGGAAGUGAUUAGUUCGUCUACAGUUAACAGCGCCAACAGUGUUGUCGUUGUGAAACAUCCUUCUUCUUCUCCUUCUACCUUGACGGAAGUCACAAAUAAUGGCCAUGACAAGGAGAACACUUCCACCAUAUCAGUACAACAAAAACCGUCACAGAAACAGUUGGAUGUAAUCAAGGAGAAGAGUACUCCUGCAUCUAUCAUUGUCAAUUCGGCUAUUAUUCCACCUGAGCAAAAUUGGCGAUAUCGUGGCCACGUCGAUGCGCACAAAUUCAAGCAUCCUUCUUCGAUCUUAGGAUCAAGCUACAAUAAUUCUGCCAAAGCACGUCAUCACCAGCAGUACCACCAUCGCAACAAUUACCACCACAAUUUCUACCAGAACAACAAUAAUCAGUAUCGCAAUGGCAGUGGUGGUGGUGGAAAAUCGUCCGUUUAUCGUCAACCGAACAGCAAUAACGAAACGGGUUUCAUCGAGAUUCGUUCACAGCAUCCGAAUCAGCAAUCAUGGCGAAGCCGAAGAAACAAUUACUACAAUGACGAUGAUGAAUAUUUUCCGGACGUUUCAUCCAAUCGUCACUAUAAUGGUUACAGCAUGAAGCAUGCUCCGGUACAAUCUGCCAUUCCGGAUUCACCGAACAACAUCCAUGGUAUACCACACACCAAUAACAAUCCUAAUCACCAUCAGUACAAUCGUGUAGGAGCAAAUAACAAUCGGGUUAGCGUUGGUAGCAAUUAUCGUCAGCCGCAGCAGCAUCGUAAGAAUGAGAUGAUUGCUUCAAUUGAGAAAAAGUACGGCGAUUGCACCAAAGGUGGCAGUGGAGGAGUAGGAGGAGGGUUGAACCCAUCACAAAAUAUAAAUACUUUGAACUGUGAUCCAAUAACAAAUAAUACUACUAAUAAGUAUAAGCAUUAUCAUACAAAUUCAAACACAAUUGUUACCGCUCUGAAGCGAGAGACACAGAAUGGCUAUCAAUCGAUGAUGGGGGCAAUUGGCCAGCUGAGAAUUGGCGAUAUUUAUGACGACUACGGCGACAACAUCAACGCUCUGAUGAUUGGUCUUUCACCGCCGAAUGAGUCGUUGUUGAUGCAGCGACGUCUCUCGCUUAAAUCACGCAGCAUUUGCAGUCCACCAAUGGCGGUGGAUACCAUACAACAAAAGCAACAAUAUUAUCGUGAAUAUCAACCACCACAACAACAAAAGUAUCAUCAUCAGCAACAAUAUCAUCAUUGCCAAAAGCAAAAUAGGGUAAUCACAACAGAAAGUGGUUGAGUGUGAACCUAUUACUGAGAAUUAUUGUCUAAUCACACUAAUCUUUUUCUUACAUUUCUCAGCAAAAACAGCCGAUUUUUUUAUAGUUCUUCGUUUCAUUUUUUUCUGCAACUUUUCUAUUGACGUGGUGAUUCUUUCCAUUAUUUUUAUUUACUUUUUUGAAAUUGUAAAUUUGUCAUUUGCAUCAUUUUUGUAUCUUUAAUCACGAAAAUAGUAAGUACAACACCUAAAUGAUCUACAAAAAAAUUGUUUGGAGCUAGCACUUUUCCGAAUGUAUGUUUCAACCGUUAGUUAAGUGGAGAAAAUAGCAAAACGACAUUUAUUCAGAUAUGAUUGCAAAAUAGUUUGAACACUAUUAGUUUAGUUGACAAAUGUCACACUGAAGAUAAAAAAAAGAAAUUGUCCUUACCAACUGUAGAAAGGAAACUGAACUUGACAACUUUGUUUCCUUCGUUUCCACUUUACUAAUGAGGUUUUCAUUAUUCGCCAAGAAGUGCAGAGUUUAUACAUUUGGUUCAGCAAGCAUACAUACUUAGUGAGGAGAGAGACGUUAGAAGACAGGGAAAGAAUCAAAUUCUUUUAAAGAAAAAUGCAACCUUUGGAAUAUAAUAUGUAAACGCCAAUAUAUGAAGCAAAAUUGAAUGAAAACUAAAAUAUUUACAUACACACACAACAUCUAGGCGAUAAGCUAAAGAUAGACAAAAUAAAUGGUAACAAAUUACUGAAAUCGUUAGGUGCGAACGCACGUUGUAUUUCAAAAUCAUUCUAUGCUUUUGUUUAAGAUUUUGUUCCAACUCUCAAUGCAACAUCCAAAUCGAAUAGUGCAGGAUAUUUAGCGAUAACUACGCAAAAUGCAGUUGAACAUCUCUGUUCGUGGUGACAUAAAGAUGAUCUCCAGGUUUGGAAAUUUUAGUAAAUUUCGGCAGCCGUCAACAGCAGCAAGAAUUGAAAAACGAAAGAGAAAAUAAGUGUUUCACAUGUUUUGACUUUCUUUUGAUGGUAAUCUGCCAUAUCUCUUCCAAGAUUUAGACCCGAUCAAAUAGCUUCCUAUAGGAAUUCAGAAUAAGUUUAUUAGGUAUUUAUUAAAAUUAGUGAAUGACAGACAUUCUCCGCGCGAUGUGAUUAAUUUAGAUUUUUCAAUUAUGGCCAAAUAAAAUGAUGCGGUCACUAAUUUAAACAAUUUGAACACUGUUCAUCAUAGAAUGGCCAUAUGAAGCUCCUAUUUUCCACGUUUGAAUAUUCGGAAACAUACCUGGAGGCACCCAAAUGAAGAAACCUGCUCCCAGGUCGAUCACGUACUGAUUGACGAUCGGCACUUCUCGGAUGUUACUGAUGUUAGGUCUUUCCGGACCAAACAUUGGCUCUGACAAUUAUCUCGUCGUUUGUAGGAUCCGCGCACGAUUGUCGAACGUGCUGAAAUCCCGCACAGAGAGGACGACGCGGUUCAAUGUACAGCGAUUGAUAACGACAGACGAGAAGAACCGUGCCAGGAGCCGCAUGCUCACUGCUGCUACGCGGCAGAACAGGGAGAGAUACAGGGAGGCAAGAGCUGCCGAAAAUAGAAUUCACUGUCGGAAGAAGCGCGAGUACGAGGAGCAUGUGCUUGCCAGCGCAGAAGACAACUUUGCUAGAAACGACGUGCGGAGCUUCUAUAGAACAGUAGACAGAGUCAGAACCAGAAAUUUCCCUGCGCCGGUGAUGUGUAAUGACAAGGACGGCAACCUGCUUACUGAGAAACCGAUGAUUGCAUCCAGGUGGAAGGAGCACUUUCAGGCGCUAUUGAACGGUGAGGAGCAAGAUGAGCAAAAUACGAACAGGAUGAGGAUUAUGAAUGACGAACAGGCUGUGGAGCCACCAACACAGGAGGAGGUUAAAAAGGCGAUUAGUGAGCUGAAAAACGGCAAGGCCGCUGAGAAGGAUGGUAUUCCGGCGGAACUUCUAAAAGCGGGAAGCGAGCGGCUGUACGAUGCGAUACAACUUUCAUAUUGAGGAUCUGGGCGGAUGAACAAAUACCGAACGACUGGUUGGAAGGCCUCGUAUGCCCAAUCUACAAUUCAAUAUUUAUCAAUUCAAUAUUUAUCAAUUCAAUAUUUAUUCAAUACUUAUUAGUCAAUUCAUCAACAGGCUGUAAGGAAAGGGCAAUCGGCAUUACGUUGCUCAACUCCGCAUACAAAGUGCCCUCCCGUACCCUGUUCUUCAGGUUGAGACCGCUAAUGGAAUCCUUCGUCGGCGAAUACCAGGCUGGUUUUCGACAGGAGCUUCUACGACAGAUCAAAUGUUCACCCUGCGACAUAUCCUUGACAAGUUCCGGGUGCAGACUCACCAUCUGUUUGUAGAUUUUAAAGCGGCAUACGACUCAGUGAAAAGAAACGAACACGGUUUUCCGACGAAACUUAUUAAGCUGAGUCGUAUGACACUGGAAGGAUCGAAGUCAUGCAUGCGGAUAACUGGCCUCGUUCGUAACAUUAGAUGUACUGAAGCAGGGGGAUGCGCUCUCCAACUUACUGUUCAGCACAGCCCUUGAAGGAGCAGUGCGAAGAGCAAACAUGCAAUGAAACGAUACGAUCAUCACGAAAUCGCACAUACUCCUUGGGUUUGCGGACGACAUUGAUAUCGACCGCAAGGCCGUGGAGGAGGCCUUCAGGCCUUUUAAGAGGGAAACGGCGAGGUUGGGACUGGUACUGGAGAGGAGAUUGAUGGGGAACGAUUUGAAGUGGUUGAUGAAUUCGUUUAUCUUACUACACUUAUGACUUGUGACAACGAUAUGAGCCGUGAAGUGAAACGACGAGUUGCAGCUGCGAACAGGGCCUUCUACGGACUACGUAACCAGCUAAGGUACCGUAGUUUGUAAACUUACACAAAACUAGCGCUGUAUAGGAUACUGAUCCUACCGGUGGCCCUUUACGGACAUGAAUCAUGGACCCUGAAGGAAACUGACCGACGAGUGCUCGGAGUUUUUGAGCGUAAAGUUCUGCGAUCGAUACUUGGCGGUAAAUUGGAAGAUGGAGUGUGGUGCAGGCGCAUGAAUCACGAGUUGUACCAGGUAUACAAACAUGCUGAUAUAGUGAAGGUUAUACAGCAUGGCAGGCUGCAAGGGGCUAGACAUGUAGCCAGAAUGGCUGACGAGAGAGCCGCCAAAACUAUCUUCAGAUGUGCGCGGUGGAAGAGAAUUCACGAUCUGCUGGUGUACGAGAUGACUGGAGAACGGCUGCCCAAGACAGACAUCACUAAUUCGUUAGGCCCUAGACCGGUAAACGGUCCGUCAUCCAGCAAACCAAACCAAACCAUCAUCAUAGAAUGGGCGUGACUGGGCCUGCUGGAAUAUAAUAACAUUAUCAAACGACCAAUUCGAAGACCCAACGUAAUCUAGUCAUCCAAUUUAAAGUGACAAACAUUCUAAAUUCCAACUAUGUAAGCUUUUUUCAUUUAGUGAAAUUUUAUUAUAUUUGUUUUUUUUUUUUACAAUUUAUGUGUCUAAAAAUGUGCGAUUUUCGAGCUAUAGAAUUGUUGCGUUCGUAUUAGCAAAAUGUGAUGGUACCCACGUUCGAUAAAUGUAUGCAGAGAAGUGAAACGAAAUGUUACUUAAAUUUUUGAUUACGAUCACACACAUAAUGUGCUGCCCCUUCACUAUCAGGUCUACAAUUUAAAGUGUCCAAUAUUUUGAUGGGACAGAUUUUCUAGCAAUAAUUUUCUAUUCGUCUAAGUCGUUUUCCUAUUCUCGAUUGUGAAUUUGAAUGACGAAUAUGAAACGUAUUUUUUAUUUCUCCCCUCAGUCAAUUUAUGAUUUUCACUGUGUAAUAUUAAGUGAUUCGCCGGCGUAUAAUAUAAAACAUAUCGACAUAUGUUGUUUCAUUAAGAUUAUAUGCAUUUUUUUGUGAAACCCUCAACAAAUCUGCUGAAUGAUCUGAAAAUUUUUGGUAUUUUUUUGAUUUUUAAUUAACACUUGCACACAGUGCGAGUUAGCCUCCGAGUCGGCCUAGUCAGCUACUAAAUGGUUGGGAACGAAUGCGGAUCGGUUGGAAGAAUAACUGAGUAACUUUUUUGUACAGUUCGGGCGCCUAAUUGCAUCGUUAUAUGAUGCUUUCUUCGAUCUGACCAUAAAAAAUCGUGUAAACUGUGUAAACAGUUCUUGGGCCGACUCGGAUAGAAACUUGCUCUGUGUAAGUACUGUGUUAGUUUCAGUGAACAAUCAGAACCAACCAAUAUUCGAAAGUCACACGCUGUUACAAGUGUUUAUUGAUCACAAGCCUUUGAAACUUCAACGCAGUGACCCCAAGUUUUCUUCUCGUUUUUCAUUUUUCAAAUGUUGAUUUUAUAUUUGCGAAAAAGGGAAAUAUGGAAGCAAUAUUUAUUGUUAUAUUUUUUGUCUUUAUGCUUGGGAAAUUUUAUCUUUUCAAAUCGAGCAUUUCGCUUGAACAACAUGUAAGAAAAAAAUGAAAAAAAAAAACAAAGAAACAGAUAAGACUGGAUUCAAAAAUUCCUUUUUCAUCCUUCCCACAACCGGACACGAUACAUAAAGAAGAACAAAAUCAACCACCAACAAGUGUGAUUAAAAAUUUUUAUCCGAAAUUUCCCCGUUUAAAUUUUUUCAUCAAAACAAAAACAUUAAAGCAUAAUUGAGAGGAACUGUGUUACGUAGCCAGUUCAAACUUUCAAAUUCGAACCAGUUGGCUCGAAAACAACGAACCGUGUUUAUAAUCUCAGAUUCCUCUGUGACGGGGAAUGUUGCGCUCCAAAUUUGAUGUACAAUAAUGUGAAACAUGUGAACACAGAUUAUUGCAGUAAAUAAAAAAAAAACGCAAAUUUGAGAUAAUGAGUUGAUAGUUUCCAAGUUAUAUUUUUUAUACAAAAAAAAUAAAAAUCAGAAAAAAACUACUAAAAUAAAAGAAAAAAAGAGAAAAAGGUGAUUAUUUAAUAUAAAAGCUCCCGAGAGUAUAUAAAAAUAACACUAAAAGAGAACUAAAAUAUCUAUUAUCUACAUCAAUAAGAAAGUCCAAAUUGAUCUACAAUACAGAAAAAAGGAGAAAAAUCGAGCUAAACAUAUUACAAAGAAAACAUACAUUUUGCAUUGUUGCCAUAUAUUUUUUAUUCCUGCGUUAAGAUUAUUCGAGAGAAAGAGACAAAGUAAGUGGCAUUUGCGGCUCCAUAAGAACGGCGUGUAUGAAGGCAUGUCAUUUCCAGGCAAAUUCUAAUCCGUUGUUUGAUAAAAUGGUCGAAUUUUUAUGCGUCAAAAUCUUGAUUGACGAUGAUCGAAACUAGCUUUUGCCAACAAUACUACUUGUAUUCUGUUUCCUACAAGACAAACAAUUGGAUCCAGAGAAAAAAGCUGAAAAAAAGAUGAACAACAUUUGUUGGGAAGCAACAUAAGGUGUUUUGAAAUGAAAUUUGUAUAUUUUUUGCAAAUCA